AUGGGAUCUGCGCAAUCUACGACACGGGCCGAAGGCGCCGAGUUUCUCCUCCCACCUUUCAGCCGCGAUAUCACGACAAGCUCUCCAGAGGCCAAGAAAUGGGUCGAGGAUGGCAUAGUCUGGUGCUACGCUUUUAAUCAUGCAGAGGGAGCCCGAUGCUUUGAAAAGGCCAUCGCUGCUGACCCAGCUUGUCCCCUCGCCUACUGGGGUCUCGCCUUCGCCCUAGGUCCCAACUACAACAAGCCGUGGAAGCACUUUAAUGGAGACGACCUUAAGCAAACGGUUGGCCAGGUGCUUGAAGCGUUGAAAAAGGCUGAGGCACUAUCUUCAAAGGCCACUCCUGCUGAGCGCGCCCUCACCAGCGCCCUGCGACAUCGCUAUCCAGAUGACGCCGAUGCUACCAACAACUACAAGGUCUGGAACCGCGCAUAUGCUGAGGCUAUGAAGCCAGUGUAUCAAGACUUCAAGGAUGACCUUGACGUGGCGACACUAUACGCGGAUUCUCUCAUGAACCUAACACCUUGGGCCUUGUGGGAUGUGCGGACAGGAAAGCCGGCGCCUGAGUCAGAGGUAUUAGAGACACAAGGGGUGAUUGAAAGGGGACUGGCUCAAGAUGGCGGAUACGAGCAUAUAGGCCUUUUGCAUGCCUACAUCCACGUCACCGAGAUGUCAGCCGAGCCCGAGAAGGGUCUUGUCGCGGCUGAGCAUCUCCGUAGAUUGGCAGGAGAAGCAGCCCAUCUCGCGCACAUGCCAUCCCACCUCGAUAUCCUCAUCGGCGACUACCGACGAGCCAUCUCUGCAAACACCAAAGCCGUGUUGGCUGAUGAAAAGUAUGCGGCUCUUCGUGGAACCGGUGACUUUUACACCGUCUACCGCAUGCAUGACUACCAUUCCCUGAUUUACGCUGCCAUGUUUGCGGGUCAGUACGGGGUUUGCAUCAAAGCCGUAGAUCGGAUGGAGGUAGCGCUUCCAGACGAUGAGCUACGGCCUAUGGCUGACUGGUUGGAGACUUUCCGGUCUGUCCGUCCACAUAUUCUGAUCCGGUUUGGCAAGUGGCAAGAACUCAUCGAUCUUCCGCUUCCUGAGGAUCAGGAGCUCCUGUGUGUGACGACGGCGAUGAUACACUAUGCCAAGGGCGUGGCCUGGGCGGCGACAGGCAAUGUUGAGGAAGCUGUCAAAGAGCGGGAGCUGUUUCUCGCGGCAAAGGCGAGAGUGCCUGCUAAUCGGAUAGCAUACCCCAACACGUGCUCUGACGUUCUGGACGUGGCCGAGGCCAUGCUUGACGGCGAGCUUGAGUAUCGUCGGGGCAACAUUGAGCUGGCGUUUACCCACCUUCGCAAAUCGAUUGAAAGAGACGACGGUCUGCGCUACGCUGAGCCGUGGGCAUGGAUGCAGCCUGCCAGACACGCAUAUGCUGCGUUGCUGAUGGAGCAAGGUCGUAUCGAGGAGGCAGCUGAGGUGUACCGAACUGACCUUGGACUGGACAACAAGCUAUUCCGAGCGAGACAUCACCCAAACAACGUAUGGGCGCUGCACGGAUAUCACGAGUGCGCGGUCAAGUUGGGCCUCAAGGGCGAGGCCAGCAUCAUCAAGCAACAGCUUAAGACGGCCAUGGCGUUUGUGGACGUGCCCAUCGAGUCGUCGUGCUAUUGCAGAAGGGACGUGUCCCAAGACAGUUGCAACCCACGACGUGGACGACACAAAAACUUGGCCCACGAGACCCCGCGUCUACUCAAUUCUCCCCCAACACCAUCAUCACCCUCAACCUCACUACUUCCCCAGAGAUAUACCAACUUACCAUAUGCCUCGUCCUGUAAAGAAAGGCGCCUGAUCCGAGACGCCGACCCGGUUCAGUACAUCACCAUUCACUUCCGCUGCUGUCACUAUCUCUGGCUGACACUCACUCCGGUUCAACACCAGGAACUACCAGAUCCCGAUAGCCCACGUCGCGCCCUCACAGACCAAAGGAUAGCCCGUUUAUUCCACUCGUACACCGCUGAAGUAUCGCAAUGGUACGACUUGAGCGACUCAACGGGCGCCUUUGGCAUACUUGUUCCCAGCAUUGCUCUAGACGAGCCACUACUCUUUUGCGCCAUCAUCGCACUCUCUGCCAUGCACGCCUGUAAGACCUCAGCAAAAAGUUUUAGAAAAAUGGCCGAAUUUUAUCAUCACCGCUGCGUGCAGAGGCUCAUCGAACUUGACCAAGAGGACGAACUCAUCACCCGGGGAGUUGCCCUCACAGCGACAUGUCUUUUGCGAUCUUACGAGAUUCUUGACGGUGACAUCGACCCAAACAGGCACCUCCGAGGCGCCUACUCCAUGGCGCCCCUCCACGAUGUGCUAUCUGGCAAUCUGCAACCGGGACUGCCUGGCGCAGGCUUCUGGAACUACCUGAGAGAAGACAUUACCUUCAGCUUGUUUGAGAAAUGUCCACUCAAGAUGGAUUUGGCCACCACUCCGCUUCUAGUCAACCACCAUUCAGCCCAAGAUUACCUCAACUCUAUCACCCUGAUUCUUGGAAAGAUCAUCAACACCACAUUCGACCGUGACUUGACGGAUUCAGAAUGGAUUUCUGCUGUGGAAAUGCUAAGUCAAUGGCGAGCAGCCUGUCCAGAAAUAAUGCAACCCUUUUCUCGAGAACAAUCGGAGCCAGGGGCCAUCCAUCUGUUCCCAGCGGUGUGGUUUUUACAGCCAUGCCAUGCGGCAACAAUGCACUAUUACCUUGUCGCUCUGACUAUCCUAUGUGUCUACGCAAGUCUGCAGAACCUUGAAGACUUGAGGAAACUGGACCUUUUUGGUAUCGAAGUCGAGUCCAAGGACCAACUUCUGGACGCCUUUGCGGUCGAAAUCUGCGGCAUCGCUUUCACCACAAAGAUACCCUCCGUUCUCGUCAAUGCCUUUGGCCCAAUUGCAUACUGUGCUAGAUUCAUCAGCACUGAGCCCGCCCGCCAAGAACUCGCCCGACAGCUCCUCGCCUGCAAGUCCAGCAUCGGAUGGCCGGUGGAACGGCUCAUAAAUGAGCUCAAGUCUUUCUGGGGCGCCGAAGAGACAAACUGA